GUCUAUACAUUUCAACUAAGCCGAGGCCACGUCUGGCGCCUUAUCAGUAUUUUAUGCAUCAUUAGUGCAAUCAUUUCAAUGUUUCUCGACAACGUAACAACAAUUCUCUUAAUGACACCAAUUACAAUCAAACUGUUCGAAUGUCUUCGAUUGAAUCCAGUGCCCGUUUUACCGUUCAUCAUUUUGAACAUAAACAUCGCCGGUCUAACGACUUUAAUUGGUCAUCCACCUAACUUGUUGAUAACUGAAAAUAGUUAUAUUUCGAAGCAGAACAUCACGUUUCUCACAUUCACUAUGCACACGUGUUUUGGCGUUCUCGUGGCUCUCAUUCAAACAAAUUGUCAUCUGCGCAUUCAGCAUCACAACAUACACGAGUUGUUGGCGCCACGUAACGAUUCCGAUGAAGAGCUGACGGCAUGGAAACAGUGCUUAGAUUCAAUUAAAAAUAAUCACAACUACAAAUUGGAUAUGCUGAAAAUGGUUUUAAUGAGGAAAAUUGAAAUACUUCACGCUGAACAGGCAACAUUUGCUGCAUUCGCUGCGUCGGGAGAGGAUGGGAAAUCAUUCCAAAGCACAUUGAGGCAAUUGAAAAAGUUGUAUCCGAUCAAAGACAAAACGCUACUUAAGAAAGCGGGUGCAGUUUUGGCAUUAAUUAUCGCUCUGUUUUUCAUCGAGUCGGUGCCGAGCAUCCAGCGACUGUCAUUGGGCUGGUGUGCAUUUACCGGAAUGAUACUGCUGCUUCUCAUUUCCGAUUGUGAUUUAGAUGCGAUUCUGCAACGAGUUGAAUGGAUUACACUGAUGUUCUUUGGAGCCAUGUUCAUUACGAUGGAGUGUCUCGCGAGACUAGGCCUUAUAAAAUGGAUAAGCAAACAGACGGAAGAGCUCAUUCUUCUGGUCGAUGAGGAUUAUCGGCUCGCUUUGGCCAUUUUCAUUGUUUUAUGGGUUUCUGCUUUAACCUCAUCGGUCGUUGAUUCCAUACCCGUUACUGCGAUGAUGGUAAAAAUUGUUGUUUCACUGGCUGAAAAUCAAGCACUUAAUCUGCCCGUCCAACCGAUGGCCUACGCAUUGGCAUUUGGUUCGACAUUCGGUGGAAAUGGCAGUUUGUAUGGCGCAUCAUCAAAUAUCGUGUGUGCCGGUGUUGCUGAAAAACUCGGACAUAAAAUCACGUUUUCCCAAUAUUUCAAAGUUGGAUUUCCUGUUAUGUUCGGAAACGUUUUGCUUGUUACGGGUAACUUGCUAAUUGCCCACGUGCUGCUCGAAUGGAAUUGAAUAAAAAUUGGUUCAUUUUGCAAAGAAAAUCUGGUUUGAAUUUAGAAAUCGAUUUUUGUGUAAAUUUAUAGUGAAAUCAAAUGUUCAGUAGAUGAAAUAAGGAGAAAUGGGAAUUUUUGAUUAAUAUUCGAAAUAAAAAUUGAAAUAUGUGUGAAAAUACAUAAAGAAUAUAUGUUUCGGACAAUAAUACGAAGAAAAA